UGGUGGCUGUGAUUGGUUCAACGGGUGAAAAAAAUGCAAAAAUGAAAAAAGGGAAUCUGACCAUGGGAUGGACGUAAAAAGUAGAUAGCGCAUUGGAGCAGAGCAUUUCAACACGUUCUUCCCAGUGAACUUUCAGUAAAGUGAAAUUAUGCGAGGUUUUUCUGUGGGCAGAGAAGAUAUUUCGCUGUUGGUCAGUGAGCGGCGGAGCCUCAAGCUUAGUUUUUUUUUCCACUUUAUUUUCGGCGCGCGCCCAAGAAAAUUCCCUUGUCCCCAAGCUUUUUUCUCUGCUCCUUUUCCUAUUUCUCAUGGCAUCCAACAGAAUCUACAUUGGCCGUCUCAGCAGAGAUGCUCAAAAACGCGAUGUCGAAGACUUGUUUACAGGUUCAGGACAGAUCCGUGAUGUCAAUCUCAAGAAUGGCUUUGGAUUCGUAGAGUUCGAAGAUAACCAGUCUGCUGAAGAAGCUGUUACUAACUUCAACGGCAAGGAACUUUUGGGUGAACGAAUUGUUGUUGAACUUGCCAAAGGGACUCGCCGUGACGAUCGCCGCCCUCGUAGAAACGAUAAUGGUCCCCGCUACGGUGUCAUUGUGGAGAAUCUUGCUGUUGGUACUAGCUGGCAGGAUCUCAAGGACUUUAUGCGCAAGGCUGGAGAGGUUUCUUACGCUGAUGUCCGCCGUGACCGUGAUGGUGAAGGCAUUGUGGAGUUCUCUUCUUAUGACAGCAUGAAGAAUGCUCUCAAAGAGCUUGAUGGCGUUGAUCUCAAAGGUCCUCCUCGUAACCGAUACCGCUCACGCUCUCCCAGAGACCGUCGUCGCGAUGAGAAAUCUUCUUCAAAGGAUACCAGACGACGUCGCUCUGACUCACAAGAGGAUGACCGUCGUUCUUCAAGAAGAGAUCGUGACAGCAACAGCAGACGUUCAGAACGUAGAGAUAGCGAAGAGUAAAGACAGAAAGCAAAAAAAAAAACUCAGGAAUAUUGCAGCAAAUUAUGCCAUAGUAAUUUUACUCAAAGCGUGUUAAAUGCUUCCCAAUCGUGUUAACCAUGUGGAGUUUAAUUGACAAACUGCCGAUCAUAAAUAGUGAACCAGAAAUAUAUAUUAAAGUAUUAUUUUGUGUGCAAAAACGGUAGAUCGGAGCAGAGCAAGCUGCAAACUGGGUAGAGCAUUGGAAGCAGAGCCUGGCACAACCCUCUGCUUGAGCGGCGAUUCGCUGUUGAAAAGACUCUUGUGCAACGGUUUCUCAAG